AUGGGAUGCCAAUGCACAAGAGAUUACCCUCCUGAUGAGCUUGAUAAUAUACGCUAUGAAAGAUAUGCAAGAUUACAUGUAAAAGAAAUUCGCGGUGCUAGAGAAAUCAUCUCGAACUUGUAUAUUGAACUACUUCCGCCAAUGAGCGAAUUAUUGUAAUUGCCCGAGGAUGGCGCUAUCUUGCGCCAUCCUCGGGCAAUUUAAAAAAAUGGCCCCACACCGGAGAAUUGAACCCACGUGUGGGGCCAUUUUUGGUUCGUGGAAGUCGAUGUUCUCCACAUAUCAAAAAUGGCCCCACACGUGGGUUCAAUUCCCAGUAUGGGGCCAUUUUUGAAUUGCCCGAGGAUGGCGCAAGAUAGCGCCAUCCUCGGGCAAUUACUAUAUUUUUUUCAGACACAGAUGGUGGUAUGCGCUAUAAAAUAUCUGGCUGUUGCAUAUCAGGGCAAGAUCCUCACAAUUUUUUCAUCCAAAAAUGUAAAGAUAGCUUCUUUGUGGCUCAGACUCCAGAAUCUUUAACUUUAAUUUUCGGGAUAUUUGAUGGUCAUGGAACUGAAGGAAGCAAGGUAGUUGAGUUUUGCAAAGCUUAUAUGGAAAGAUUUAUUAUAGAAAAUGAAAAUAUGUUUAGGAAUCGCAGAAAAGAGGCUCUUGAAACGAUGUUUAUUUCUUGCGACGAAAAAUUAGCUGAUACUGACAUUGAUUGCACCAUGUCUGGAACAACAGCAUUAAUGCUUAUUAUUGAUCCUAAAGAAAUUUCUGUAGCGACGAUUGGCAAAAAUAAAGCUAUAUUAGCGACUAUUCCAGAAAUAAGAAAAGAAGUGAGCUCUCUUGUUUUGUCUGCAGAAAAAGAUAUAAAUUAAAACUGCGUCUCAACCAACCACACUAGAAACCUUGUGGAAAGCAGGAUGGCGUUUGAUGAUGUGUAUUCGGCUAGGUUUUACUUGGGUUUGUGUUGAGUGUAAUGCCGGAUUAGCCCAAUCGCAACUCAGGAUUUGCGCCCUAGACUACAAGUUUCAUCUUGGUCGAGAGCUCGACCAGACAAUCUUUUUAGAUUUUUCUGGAAGGGCAGCCCAAGUAAGUGGUGCAGCAUGAUGAUCCAGCCACUUAGUCUCCUUUUAGCGUAAGCCCCAGAAAGAGGAGCAAUAAUCAGGAGAGACUGCAACAGCUGAGCAGUACGAGGUAGAGAAACGUACCUGCAGGUAAAAACGAGAGCUUGGGUGCAGAUCAAAUAACAUUGCUUUUUUGAUAGUGUCAAUUUCACCGAAAAACUUUGUCCGAAAAUUGUUUGAAAAUUUUUGAUAGUGAGACAUCUGACCGAAAAAAAUCCUUAAUUUCCAGCCAAAUGAUGCACUAUUAAAAAUUAUCAACCAAAUGUAUUUCGAUGAAAUGUACACUGUCAAAAAUCCACUGUCAUUUGGCAUGGAGCCCGAGAGCUUCUCUAAAAUCUUAAUUAAUUUAAGUUAAGCCUGCAGAAAAUCGCCCAAUGCAAAAAAUUCUUACUCCAGUCACUCUAUCGGCCGACCAUAAACCAAGCAACCCCGAGGAGUUUAAGAGAAUCUCAAAGGCUGGAGGAAUUGUAAAAAAACUUGUAGACUCUGAUGGGAAAUCUAUUGGACCUUCAAGAGUGUUUCUUAAAGGGGCAAAUAUUCCAGGGCUUGCAGUUUCAAGAUCGAUUGGAGAUAUAUUAGGUCACAGAGUUGGGGUGAUCCCAGACCCAAUUUACUCUAAUUUUUACUAUAAUAAAGCCACUGAUAAAUUUAUAGUUGCAGCUUCAGAUGGAAUUUGGCAAGUGAUGGACGAUAUAGAAGUCAUUAAUUUUGUGGAUAGAUACAAAAAAUAUUGCAAAAAGCAUAAGGGUAAUGGGGAAUAUCCUGCUAGACCAAGCAACUCAACAAUAGCUCGCUUAUUAUGUGAAGAAGCCAGAAGAAAAUGGCUUCUUGAAGUAGAAAAGAAUGAUGUCAUUAUUGAUGAUAUUUCAUGUGUAAUUGUAGAAUAUGCUGGUCUUAAAACAAACUAUAUGACCAGUAAUGAUGAAAAAAUAGAAGAGCAUACAGAAAGCUUCAAUGAAACUGAGGUAGAGCCAAUAAGUAUCAAUCCUGACGUUAACUUCAUCACCAGUAGUAUGAUUUAUAUUGAAGAAGGUCUUGAAUUGUCUGAUAUAUAUAAUACAAUUGCUAGCUAUAAUAGUAAAUAA